AUGGAUUUGCUACAAUAUUUGCUAUUAUUGUCUAUUAAUCAUGUUAUAUGCCUGGCUCAGUUGAUUCUUGAUCUACACAAUUACCUUCCUGUUUUCAAUACAAGUCUGAAGUUUUUUGCACAAAGUAACCCCACGAUACCCCCUUCAGACGUUAACUAUACCCACAAUUUUGGUCUAUUGAAGGAGUAUACCUGGAAUCAAGUUGUUGAAUCGUUAGCACCAGACGAAAAGCUAUUUUUCUUGCAGAGACAUGGACAAGGGUAUCAUAAUGUUGCACCCCGGAAUUUCACUCAUGAUGACUGGAGAUGCUAUUGGUCCUUACAACCUGGAAACAAUGAUGUGAUUUGGCAAGAUGCUGAACUAACACCUCAUGGUAUAAGACAAAUCAAGGAACUAAGCCGUCAUAUAAAUCAAACUAUUGGAUUCCCCCAACCACAAAGAUUCUAUGUCAGUCCAUUAAGAAGAACUUUACAAACAUGGUUGUACACGUGGGAACACUUGCCGCAUCAUCAACCUACCAUUAAGGAAUUGGCACGUGAAAUAUAUGGUAUUGAUUCAGAGAGUCAACGUCAUAAUAUGAGUUAUAUCUCUGAGAACUAUCCGUAUUUCAAGUUUGAAUCUGGCUUUAGCGAGCAAGAUGUGACAUGGAAGUCAGAUACUCGAGAAAAAUCACAGCAUGUGGAUUAUCGAGCCGCUAAGUUGUUAACUGAAAUUUUCAACGAAUCUAGUGAUGACAAAAAAGUUAUCAGUAUUGUUCUUCAUUCGGGAAUCAUUUAUUCAAUUUUGAAUGUUGUUGGCCAUAGAAGGUUUCCGAUGUAUACUGGUCAGGCAAUUCCUGUUAUAAUACGAAAACUCAAUACUCACACAUUCUACCCUUUAGAUGAUGCUUGGCUGGACUUUGAAUCAUGGUGUCCCAAAGAGUGA